CAGACAGACAGACAGACAGACAGAUAUUGGCGAUUGCUUACGGUGGUUGGGACUAGGCUCAGGAUAACGUGUCAGAUACAGAUACAGAUACAGAUACAGGGGGUAAGGGGACUAGUUAUCUUGCCCGUCUAUCUAUCUGUGUAUAUUCGCCCCCGGUCAGGGGCAGAAAGGGGGUUUCGGCGCGUACGGUAUGGAUGGAACAUGCGGUUGCUUGCCUGCUUGCCUGCUUGUGCCUGCUUGCUUGCUUGUCUGCUUAGAUGAACUUGGAAUAGACAGCCGGUUUUUUUUCUUCUUCUUCUUCUUCCGCCUUCUUUCCCGACCUCAUCUUAUCUUACUUCUUACUGCGUACGCGUACAUGGGAGCAAGCAUGUCAAUUCACGGUAGCCUGAGAGUGCGGGAAAUUAUUUUUCUUACUUUUCUCACUACUUUAUUUCAGCGUUAUACAUAUUUACAUAGGUAUUUACAUGUAGCAUUAUUACAGACUUAUUACACAUCUUUACAAAUCUUCGUUUCCAUCUUUGGGGCUUCCCAAAAUUUAUUUUUUUGUUUUGUCUUCUUUUCUUCUUUUUUUUUUUUCCCUUGCACAUCUUAACUUAAAGCAAGGAGUCCUUGUAUGAGGUAUACGAGGUCUAGU